AUGGUUGCUGAAGCUUGGAUUUUGAAGAUGGGUAACCAUGUAAGUGCAAAUAUCAAACAAGCCCUUGUUUUUGAGUCUUCUUCUAGUAGUAAAAAACAUGGUCCUAAAAAGCAUGUUAAUAAGAAUGUUUUAACCAUAGGGAUUCUGUCUUUUGAAGUAGCUAAUGUAAUGUCCAAAACCAUUCACCUUUAUAAAUCAUUGUCUGAGUCUGAGAUCACAAAGCUAAGGAAUGAGAUCUUGAGCUCAGAGGGUGUUAGGAAACUGGUUUCAUCUGAUGAGGGUUAUUUACUUGAGCUUGUUAAAGGUGAGAAGCUUGAUGAGUUGAACCGUGUUGCCGGUGUGGUUUCUAGGUUAGGGAAGAAGUGUUCUGUCCCUGCUUUGCAAGGGUUUGAGCAUGUGUAUGGUGAUAUUGUUAGUGGUGUUAUAGAUGUGAAGGAGUUAGGGUUCUUAGUUAAGCAUAUGGAGGGAAUGGUGAGGAAAAUGGAUAGGUAUGUGAGUGCUACUAGGGGGUUGUAUAGUAAAAUGGGGGUGUUGAAUGAAUUGGAGCAAACAGUGAAGAAGUUUCGGAUUGAUGAUAACCGGAACGAGGAGAGUAGAAGGGGUUAUGAGCAGAGACUUGUCUGGCAGAAACAAGAUGUGAGGCAUCUCAAGGAGAUUUCGCUGUGGAAUCAGAGUUUUGAUAAGGUUGUUGAGUUGUUGGCUAGGACGGUUUGUACCUUGUAUGCGAGAAUCUGUAUGGUCUUCAGCGAAUCCUCGGAGAAGAAGUAUAGUCUUGGGUUUGGUAGUUGUGAAGGCUCGCCACUCGUGCGAAAUGAAUGUAGACCCGCGUCCGGUUUAAUUAAUGUUGAUGUGAAUUUGGAGAAGUUGAAACAUAAUCGUAGCAAGAAAAAUGGUUUUCAUUUGAAUUCAAUCGGGAGAAACGGUAGCAGUAGGACUCAUAUAGAUGUAAAGAGAAGUGAGUUAGCAUAUGUUCAACUUGAAGAUUUUGGUUUUCCUUGUGGAACUAGUCCUGGGAGACUUUUCAUGGAAUGUCUCAGUUUAAGUAGCUCAGUUUCAGCUGUCGAUGAUUUUGACGAUGUUGUUAUCGACCGUGAGGAUCAAUUCAGUUGUGUAUCAAGCUCUCAAAGUCCUAUUGAGAUUGGAAGUAUUGUCAAGAAAAAGGAGCACUCGUGCUCAACUGUCGGUCCGAACAGUGGAUCGUCUGUUAUUUACGCUCCUCCUUCUACUCUUGGAGGGUCUGCUCUAGCAUUGCAUUAUGCGAAUAUCAUUAUUGUGAUUGAGAAGUUACUUAGCUUUCCGCAUUUAAUCGGCGAGGAAGCUAGAGAUGAUCUAUAUAAGAUGCUUCCAACUAGCUUAAGGUUAUCUUUGAAGGCCAAACUUAAGAUCUAUGCCAAGGAUUUGGCCAUAUAUGAUGCCCCUCUCGCACAUGAAUGGAAGGCGACUCUUGACGGGAUACUUCGGUGGCUUUCUCCGCUUGCUCAUAAUAUGAUGAAAUGGCAAAGUGAGAGGAAUUUCGAGCAACGUGAUAUAGUGAGCCGGACGAACGUGCUGCUAUUUCAGACACUGUAUUUUGCUGAUAAGUGUAAGACAGAGGAAGCUAUAUGUGAACUUCUUCUAGGAAUGAAUUACAUUUGUCGCUAUGAACAACAACAGAACGCGUUACUCGGUUGUGCAAGCAGUUUCAAUUUUGAAGAUAUGAUGAAAUGGAAAUUGCAGCGCGGUACUUCGUUACUCGAUUGA